UGCUCGCUGUGGUGCUAGUGAAACUUAUGUCAGUGAGUCAGUCAGGCGAUCCAUGGUGGUGCGGCUGUGCGUUUAACCGGACAAAAGAUUUUCUACGUUUACCGCACAGAGAGGAACAACUCUUCAAUCAAACACAGUAUAUCAAGAAUUGCCGCGCGGUUGAGGGCAGCAGCAAUGUCGGGCGCCUACGAUGACUCCAUGAUCGAUGUCUCCAGUGAUAGCUUCUGGGAGGUUGGUAACUACAAACGUACAGUGAAACGGGUCGAUGAUGGCAAUCGACUCUGUAAUGAUCUCAUGACCUGUCUUCAUGAGCGAGCCCGUAUUGAGAAAGCCUACGCACAGCAGCUGACAGAAUGGGGAAAGCGCUGGCGGCAACUUAUAGAAAAAGGCCCUCAGUAUGGUACGUUGGAGCGAGCGUGGGGUGCCCUUUGCACCGAGGCUGAAAAGGUCAGUGAGCUCCACAUGGAGGUGAAAGCAGCUUUGAUGGGAGAAGAUUAUGAGAAGCUGAAGAACUGGCAAAAAGACGCCUACCACAAACAAAUGAUCGGUGGCUUCAAAGAGACUAAGGAGGCUGAGGAUGGCUUCCGCAAGGCUCAGAAACCUUGGGCCAAAAAACUUAAAGAGGUGGAGACGAUGAAGAAAUCUUACCAUUCAGCCUGCAAAGAAGAGAAGCUGGCUGCCAGCAGGGAAACUAACAGCAAACUGGAGAGCAACAACAACCCCGAGACUCAAAAGAAACUCCAGGAAAAGGUGGAGAAGUGUCAGCAGGAGGUGCAGAAGACUAAAGAACGCUACGAGAAAUCUCUUGAGGAGCUGGACAAGUUGAACCCUCAGUAUAUGGAAAACAUGGAGCAGGUGUUCGAGCAGUGGCAGCAGUUUGAGGGAAAACGGAUUGGCUUUUUUAAAGAUCUGUUACUCGAGGUUAAGCAGCACCUGGACCUUUCAGCCAAUCACAGAUUCCAGACAGUCUACCACACCCUGGAAGACACAAUCUCUGCUACUGAAGCUGAGGAUGACCUAAAAUGGUUCCGGUCCAAUCACGGGCCUGGCAUGCCAAUGAAUUGGCCCCAGUUUGAGAAUUUGGACUGGUCGAAUCCUCGCUCCUUUAAGAGAAGGUCCAUUGUAGACUGGUCCAUAGACCUGAACCGAACCCUGAGCAGGCGAGAAAAGAAAAAACCAUCUGAGGGCGUCACACUGACGGGCAUCAGUCAGACUGGGGCAGAGCAGCCUGCGCAGCCUGCCAAGACCAGCAGCAGCCUGACUGUGCCCACUAUAACAGCACCAGUAGGCACGAACCCAUUUGAAGAUGAUGAAGAUGAGGAGGAGGAAGAGAUGGCAGAGGAGCAGGAGAUCGCAGUCAACCAUAGCAGUGUGAAUAAAGAGGAAAUAAAAACUGCCAGCAGCACAGAGAAGACUCCAGACUGGUCAGAUGAAGACACAGUCGGUAACCCUUUCUCCGCUAACGGUGACGGUAAUCCAUUUGAAGAUGAACCAGCCUCUCCGGUUAUAUCUGUGCCUGUCAGAGCCCUCUAUGACUAUGAGGGGCAGGAACAGGACGAGCUGAGCUUCAAAGCAGGUGAUGAAUUUACGAAAAUUGGUGAAGAAGACGAUCAGGGUUGGUGCAAAGGUCGGCUCAAGGAUGGGCAAAUAGGCCUCUAUCCUGCCAACUACGUGGAAGACAUCCAGUAAAGAAUUGCCAGUGAUGUAAUGAAUGUGAAGAAAGCCCUUUGGAAAACUUGACAGUGCAAAUGGAAACAAAGGCUACGCCUGAUUUUCUUCGAGAUUGGAGCAGGAGUGUGACAGACAGCAGCGUUUUUUUUUUUGGUGGAGUGUAAAAGGACCAUGCGAUAGUUGUGUUGGUUUUGGAUGAACUGGCCUUUUUUACAAACAAAAGUGGUAAUGACCACAAAUAUAAGUGAUUUCACAAAGGUCACAGAAGAGUUGCUGUCGGUAUAAAAUAUGUUAUGUUACAUAGAAUCCCAUUUAUGCUGUUACAGAAAAAAAGCUAUUCAACUGUUAGGUGAGACACAAUGAAAUGUAUUUGAGUUUAUAUCUCUUUAAACACUGGGAUGACAGUCUUGACAUCUUGUCUUGCAACGCAAUAUGCAGCCUUAAUAUGUAAGCCACUUUUUUAGCUCAUUUAGGGAGAUUAACAUUUUUAUCAAAAGUAGCCUUGACUGAGAACAGAAUCCUGCCCAUUCAUGCUGAAUAAAUGUAUUUUUGCCAAAAUAGGCCCUCAUUUGGAGGUUAUUGUGUCAAACUUUCCUGAUUGUGAUAGGUAAUGAUCAGUAAAGCCGUGGCAUAAUUUUCAUUUACAGAAAGGUUUCGUCGUGUCACUGCAGAUGAAUGUAUUCUCAGACUGUAUUUUGUUUUCACCUUCUAACUGCUCACGUUUACUGAUCAAUAUGUGCAACCACUGACUGCUUCCCCGUUCUUGUUUCUUUUCUUUUUUUCAUUGUAUCACCAAUAUCUCAACUUUCUGUUUAAAUGUAGACCGUAGAAUUUAAAGGUUUAUUUUUCAAGAAGUUUUGAAUGAUUUUUUUCAAACUCUUUGACUCACUUGAAUCUUGUUUUAGUUCUCUCGGAUCUUGCGUAAUGUCCAGUUAUGGGAGCAUAUUGUAAUGUUUUUCUUGGAAAUAUAUAACAGAUUUUAGCAGUAUCAGGGCAGGGAGGAGCACUGUGUUGCAUACACACAUGUAAAUAGUCUGAGUUCAACAUGUAAGAACAGAUGAAUCAUUCUAAUCACAUGAACCGCAGUUUAAAUUGAUUGUUAAUUUAUGAGCACGAGUUGCUUGCGCUCUAUUCUUGUUAGAAUGCUGUGAUUAAAAAUAAGUUUGUACAUUAUUUUAAUGUUUUUAUGGCAAAUUUUCCUUGAAUCUGUUAUUUGGGUAUAUUUGUAAAUAAGAUGUUCCCCCUACACAGAGGACCUUUCACAUUGAAUUAAUAAACCAAUACUGUGUAAAUAAUUUAUCAUUUCCCAGAGAAUGCUAAAACAUGAAGAUAUUAUUUUUUUCCAAACUGUUAUACACAUUUUGAUCAAGAAUUUUGGCAUUAUGUAUUACUGCAGACUUCUCUUUACAAUCUCAAAAUUCAGAAUGCUUGAUUUGUUAAUUAGAUUAUAACACCUGUUGUCUCUAAUGAGAAAAGUGAUGUUUUGCCACAUUUUCAGGGCGUGCUCCUGUCAUGCAGUAGCAGCUGAACUUGCACAUUAAAUGUUUGUAAAUGUUAUUUUACAGCAUAUUAAAUGGAUUUACUGAA